AUGUCUACCAUAAGCUGGAAAGACCCCGAGACCAAGAUCAAGUUCUACCACGCCAUCUUCGCAUCCAAUGAAACAGCCCUUUCGAGCGGCAGCGGUACAGCAGACCAGGUCGCUGUAUACAUGGGCUGUACCGCCAAAGCAGUCACGCACCAGCUCACUGCUCUCCGAAAGGAGAUUGACAGUCUCAAGUCUGGUAACCCGCAAGCUCCAGCCACGCCUGCCAAGGGUAAGAAGCGAAAGAACACUGCCAAGAACGAGGAGGAUGGUGAUGCGUCGCCAACACCAGGAAAGAAGGCUAAAGCCACACCCAAGAAGAGCGCUGCUGCAGAUGCUAAGAAGGGUGGUAAGACUAAGAAGAAGGAAGAAGAGGAGGUCGUCAAGGAGGAGUCAUCUGACGAUGAAGGAGUUGACGGGGAGAAUGGGGUGGAUGGCGAGGAUGGAAAGGAUAGUGUCGCGGCACGUAAGAAUGCUGCUGAUGGCGAGGAGCAUAGUGAUGAGAUCGAGGAUUGA